GGCAGUCGAGCCGCCAGCGACGCCCUCUGAGCCCCGUGUGCCCGGGCGGGGGGCCAUGCCGUGCCGGAGGGAAGAGGAAGAGGAAGCCGGCGAGGAAGCGGAGGGGGAGGAGGAGGAGGAGGAAGACAGCUUCCUCCUGCUGGAGCAGUCGGUGACGCUGGGCGGCUCGGGCGAGGUGGACCGGCUGGUGGUCCAGAUCGGCGAGACGCUGCAGCUGGAGCCGGCGCACCACAGCCCGGCCUCCCCGUGCGCGCCCCCGGGGCCUCCGCUGCAGCCCCCGCGGCCGCCCUCGGCAGCGCUGGCGGCGGACAAGGCCGGGCCCCCGGCGGUGCCGCUGCUGCUGGGGCCGGCGUCGGCCGAGACGGGGGCCCCGGCGCCCCCUGGGGCCCUGCGCUGCGCUCUCGGGGACCGAGGCCGCGUGCGGGGCCGGGCGGCGCCCUACUGCGUGGCGGAGCUCGCCGCCGACUCCAGCGCACUUCCCGGGCCGUGCCGGCGAGGAUGGCUCCGGGGCGCCGUCGCCUCCCGUCGCCUCCACCAGCGUCGGUGGACCCAAGCUGGGGCGCGCGCGGGCGACGACGACCCGCACCGGCUCCUGCAGCAGCUCGUGCUCUCGGGGAAUCUCAUCAAGGAGGCGGUGCGCAGGCUCCAGCGAGCGGUCGCUGCGGUUGCAGCCACGAACCCCGCCACCGCCCCCGAGUCGGGGAGCGGCUGCAGCGGAACGGACCCCGUCACCCUGCAGACCUCGGGAACCUGGCUCUGACCCGGGUCCCGGAAGGAGGAAGAGGUCGCCGCUUCACAGACCCAGCAGCAUCCGGAAAGGAAGAAGCUAUCUCUAUUC